UAUAUUUGUUUAAAGACAAUGUUUCGUAAUUACAUUGUUGGAAGGACACAAUUUUUCAGAUUAUUUUGUACAAAUUGUUUACUUAACCAAAAACCAAUACGAUGCGGAUUAAUGUCAGUCGCUUACACCCACAAUUUAGCUGUAAAUACACAAACUCUUGUAAAACAAAAUAUACAACCAGUCAAUAAGUAUGUAUGGAGAACUCAUACAUGUGGAGAAUUGAGUACUGAAAAUGUAGGAGAAAAAGUUCAAUUAUGUGGCUGGUUAGAAUUUACCAGACAUAACAAAUUUAUAUUAUUAAGAGAUUCUUAUGGUUCCACUCAAUUUAUUAUAUCAGACAAUAGAAAAGACUUACAAGAUGUAGUAAAAAAUUUAACUUUUGAGAGUGUGUUAACUAUAAAAGGUAUAGUAUUGGAUAGACCAGGGAGCCAAAAAAACAAAAAUAUGAAAACUGGCGACAUAGAAGUAAGCAUAGAAUCAUUGGAAGUUUUAAAUGCAGCAAAACCAAAUUUGCCCUUUGUUAUUAGAGACUUCAACAAAGCAAAAGAAAGUACUCAGUUGAAGUACAGAUAUAUAUCCUUAAGAUAUCCUGAAUUACAGAGGUAUUUAAGAUUGCGUUCAGAAGUUACAAUGAAAAUGAGAGAAUACUUAAUCAAUGAAUGUGAUUUUGUGGACAUAGAAACUCCAACAUUGUUUAAACAGACUCCUGGUGGUGCUCAAGAGUUUAAAGUUCCAACAAAACAUCCAGGACAAUUUUACUCUUUAGUACAAAGUCCACAACAGUUUAAACAAUUAUUAAUGAUAGGUGGUUGUGAUAGAUAUUUUCAAAUUGCCAGAUGUUAUAGAGAUGAAAAACCUAGACAUGAUAGACAACCUGAAUUUACACAGCUGGAUAUAGAGAUGUCAUUUGUUGAUUGUAAAGGAAUAAUGGAGUUGAUUGAAAAUUUAUUAGUAUAUUCUUGGCCUAAAGAAUCAGGCACAGUCACAACUCCUUUUAACCAUAUGACAUAUACAGAAGCAAUGGAAUUAUAUGGUACAGAUAAACCAGAUUUGAGGAUACCACAAAAACUUCAUAGACUUACAGAUAUAAUUGAUCAUUCGACAUUAGAGGAAAACUUGAAAAUAAAAUGGGAUAAAAACUAUGAAGUUUAUGGCCUGGUAUUUCCCAGUAAACAUGAAUUUCUUACAAAAUCUGUCAAAGAAAAUAUUAAAUCAUCUCCACAAUCAACCAUAUUGACAAAUAUUAUUAAUGAAAAUGUACAGCAAAGGUUAAAUUUAAAACAUGGAGAUGUUCUGUUUUUAGCUUGUGGUGAAAAAUUUAAAACGCAAUCAUUAUUAGGAAAAGUGCGUCUUGAAUUUACAAAUAUAAUGGAAAGUAAAGGUCAACAAAUCCGCACUUCAGGAAAUAAAUUCUUAUGGAUUACUGAUUUUCCGUUAUUUUCAUUUAAUACUGAAACGAAUAAAUUGGAAAGUAUGCAUCAUCCAUUUACGCAACCUCAUCCAAAUGAUAUUCAAUAUCUUUCGGAAAAUCCAACGAAGGUUAGAGGUUUACAUUAUGAUUUAGUUUUGAAUGGCUCAGAAAUUGCAGGAGGAUCAAUAAGAAUUCAUGAAGCAGAACUUCAAAACAAAAUACUUAAAUUAUUAAAUAUAGAUAAAUCACAUUUAAUGCAUAUGCUUGAAGCUCUUGAAUGUGGUGCUCCGCCUCAUGGAGGAAUCGCUAUAGGAUUAGAUCGUUUAAUGUGUUUACUAUGUAAAACAGAAAAUAUAAAAGAUGUGAUAGCAUUUCCAAAAACCACGACAGGACGAGAUUUAAUGUCCGGAGCUCCAGAUUCAAUUUCUGCCGAAGAGAAGGAGUUAUACCAUAUACAAACAGUAGAGAAAUGAAACAAUUUCAUGGAUUUUCUGUUUAAUCCUCAUGUGCUUUGAAAUAUAGCUCAAUGCUUGCUAAUACUUGCAAUUUCAAACAAAACUAGUUACGGUAUCACAUACGAUCUAUAAGUUUUAUUCCAUAUUUUCCAAGUUUUAAUGAAAUGCACAGUAUUGCCUUGUGGUUGAUCAUCGCUAUACCAAUUAGUUCUAUAAACUAGUCAGGUAUUCGUUUUUCAUUCGCACAUAAGAGAAAAAAGAUAUACCUGUGAUUUCCUAGAACUCCUAUCCUCUUUGACAACUGGCCAGAUAUGGUCCCUAAACACGAUCAGUUAACAAGGUAUUACUGUAUACAUUUUAAAGAAAAAUUCAAUUCAACAUUUUACAAUGAGUAAAUUUUUACCUGAGGAGCGUAAAAGGGUCAAUAUAAAAAUAAUUUAACCAGAUUAAUUAAUUACAUCCUUAUUAACACUAGAAUUACAAAAGUAGUAAAAACGACUGGUAAUUCUUUAAAAAAAUUUCUCAGUAUUUCUUCCGUAUUUUGCGCAUUUAUUCCUGGAAUAUGUAAAUGACUGAUCAAUUUAUUUUCUCUUUCCCAGUGUUUUAAAAGUUAUAUACAAGAUAAUCUUAUAUACAGAGAUCAUUUAACGCAUAUCGUUAAUCAUUAGUAGUUCUAGUGUUAAAAAAUUCAUCAAACAUUUAUAAAUCUGUGUAAUUAAAAU